UUUUCUCAAGCGGUUUUUCUGUCAAAUGCUUUGAAUAAUAGUAGCCUUUGAAACGGACACAGUACAGCUGGGAGUAUUUCUAGUUAGAAAUUAUUGAAAUACAAAUAAAAUCAGCUGCAACCUUUGAACUAGAGCUAAUGGCAUACUGGUACAGUGUCGGCUUAGCGGCCCUGAUAUAUUACCUCUGCCUAUGGAUCUACCACCGACCCUUGACCAUUGACAAACCCGUGCUGCCGUCGGUGUUGGUGCUAAUGACCGUUAUGGAUCUGCUUGCCUGCAAGGUUCACGUGGGCGAGGAAUUGACGCAAUCUCACGAGCCCGUCAAGCUCCUCUACGAAGUGUCUUUUAGUAUCUUCUAUCUGGACAUGGGCAUGCGUGAUUUCUGGCACUCACUGGAAACCAAAAUUAUUGUACUAAUUAAGCAAACACUGACCGGAUCCGGCCUCGUCUCGGAGGGGAAUUUUGUGAGCUACAAACAGUAUUGGAUUGGCAGCCUCACGCUGCCGCUGUCUCUGCUGAUAUUGCUACUGGCUGGAAAGACGACGAAACACUUGCAACUGAUAAUGAAUGCCGCCACCAAGCUACUAGGCAGCAAAGCAAAGGUCCCCCCCGCAACCCAAGAAGGAGAAGACUUUGAAGAAUAAAAACCCAUCGCCGUGCUGCCAAAAUGGCAAUUUAAAGUGCUUGUUAGGCAUCGUCAUUGUUAUCGUAGAUGCGGCACCACCCAAUAAACAGCUUACAGAGAGUGGAACUGU